AUGGAGGACCACUACCACUACCCUGGCUUUUAUCACUACUCCGUACAAGAUCAUCUUGCAACUGCGCAAGAGGUCGAGGCCCAGUACUAUCCUCACCACAUUGCCGAUGCAAUGGCGGUUCCUAUGUCUGAUGCUAUGAUUGAGUGCGUUCCCAUUGCAGCAGAGGCUACCGUCAAGGGCGCCCACUUUCCUCCAUUCGAACCAAUGCGAUACCCUCCUCCCCCAUCUGCUCCGGACCUAGGAAACUGGUGUCCUUUGUCGCCGUUUGACGAGAGCCUGCGCAGCGUCUCACCUCAGACAGACUGUCAGAGCAAUUGCAUGUCAGCCCUCAGCUACGAUGACUCUAUAUCGUGCACAUCCAGUUUUGAAAAUUCGCCAUCACCUUCAUACCCCGAGAUGCCAAGUACACUCUACAAACAAGAAUCAAUCAGUCACCCUGAGCCCACUCACGCAACGCCACAUCAGAACUGUAUGCUCCUGCAAGCAUACACCCCAACCACCCACCAACCCGACGAGAACUCUUGCAACUUCACCUCUACUGCCGAGUGCGAGCGCGAAGCCCUUCUACCCGCUCGCAGACCGUUGACCGGCAACCGCGUUCAGAAGCACAGCAGCAAGGCGCGUAGAAAGACAGCGGCCAAACCCAGCCGCGCCGAAGCAGCCACAACCAAACAGACGUCCAAAAAGACUACCGACCGCCGCUUUGAAUGCUGCUUCGCCCGCUAUGGUUGUGAAAGCACCUUCCCCUCGAAGAACGAAUGGAAGCGCCACGUCUACUCUCAGCACAUCCAGACAGGCUUCUACAGAUGUGACAUCGGUCGCUGCAGUCUGAACAACCGCUCCCCGUCUCCUACCGGACUUCGAACACCAACUUCGUCCUUCCCACAAACCCCGUCGACUCCACUAACGCUCCUCGUGAACGACUUCAACCGGAAAGACCUCUUCAUCCAGCACCAGCGCCGCAUGCAUUCUCCUUGGAGCGCAAACUCAUCUACCCAGAAAUCUUCCCGUAAAGCCUCCUCAGCCUCCCAGUCCGAAAAAGACUCCUUUGAAGAAUCCCUCGAGGCAGUGGUUAAGCGGUGCUGGCAUCAGCUUCGGGAGCCACCAACGCUAAGUCACUGCGGGUUCUGUGAUAUGGAGUUUUGCGGGGUAAAUGCUUGGAAGGAGCGCAUGGAGCAUGUGGCGAGACACUAUGAGAAGCGCGACCCUGGUCCUGAAAAGGAGGAUUUGCCUUUGAGAGAAUGGGCUGAGAAGAAUGGAAUUGUGAGUUGUGUCAAUGGAGAGUGGAAGUUGGUUAGUCUUUGGCGGAAGUGAUCUUCGGCCUGUCUGGCUGGCUUCAUUAAAUCCUCUUUUCGAUCUGCGACUGUCCCUUUUUUACCUUUCUUAUCUUUUAUUG